CAGUAUGAAAUCCAAAUCCAUUUUUCGACUCGGAACUCCAAUUGUUGGAGAGAUCGUGGUGCAGAUGAUACAGUUCUUGCCAGGAAUGUGAGGGACGUGUAGGUGAGCUGCGAAUUCUAGUAGAAGUAGUGAGAAAACACGGAGCUCAAAGUAGUGAGUGAUAUAUCUAUAGUAGAAUACCUGUACGAGAAAUACCGUGCCGCGUGUUUUGAAAUAAUUGUCAACAACACACCUUUAAUUAUUUGAAUUCAAUUGAGACUACAAGUUAGGAACCAUUUACUUGGGUCUUUCACCCUCUUAAUUGAUAUAUUGAACAAGAACCAUGGCUGCAGCGGAACCAGAAGUGGCUACCGCAGCCACGAAGCAGAAGGGAGUUGUGCUGAAAUGGACCAGUUUGCCACCCAUGCCAACCCCACGUGUGUACUCAUUUGCCAUCUGGAGUCGUGGACGCUUGUAUGUGUUCGGUGGAUGUGACGGGCGUGGUAAGGCACUGACCAGUGCCGAGUGUUUUGUUCCGGAGAAAAACCAGUGGAUAAUUCUGCCCAAACUGCCCAACAAGCGGGCUGGCGGACGAGUAGUUGAGCUGGAGGAUGGACGUAUUGCUAUUAUUGGUGGUAUUGAUGGUGCAAACUCAGCAUUGUCUGCCGUAGAUUGCUUUAACCCGUCAACGAGUAAAUGGACAUCGCUAAAAGCUCUUCCAGAGCCAUUGUCGGCACCAUCAGUUAUGAUGAUCGACAACAAGAUCUAUUGCUUUGGUGGAACGGUGGACAGUACACUGCCACCGACAACGAAUGUGAUACGCUAUCUGCCCGAUGAGAACAGUUGGGAAUCAUUGCCGUCUAUGCCCACCGCACGUUAUGGCGGUGAGCUGGUGAAACGUGGUGACAAAGUGUAUAUCUUUGGCGGGCGCAACAUCAAAGUGCCCGUCUUGGAAGUGGACCUAUUCGACUUGUCCACAAAUACCUGGGAAGCAGCGCUACCUGCAAUUCCCACAGCGCGUGUCUUCUGGUCCGUUGUAAACCAUGAAGAUGAAGUGUUUGUUCUCGGCGGCUUCACGGAAGAGGCCGGAUUCCGUACCCAGGUGGAAUCCUUCAGUCUGUCCACACGAGAGUGGAAGGUCGAGCGGCCGCUGAAGUUGAAGCGUGGUGACUUUGCAGCGGCAGUCAUUUCCGGUUGUAUUGUCGUUGCUGGUGGUAUGGGCGGUGAGACUAAUCAGGGUCUGCCCAAUGCCGAACGCAUGCGUCUCAGUGCGUCGACACGCAAGUGGACGGCGCUAGAUCCACUUUCCGACCAGCGAUUGGCACCAACCGCCAUUGUCCACGAGAACAAAAUGUAUGUCAUCGGUGGCUUUGGUAUGGGUGGUCCGAAACCGACGGUGUUUGUUUUGUCAGAAUAGCACUGCACACCGCCUUACUGGUAACACACCUUGCCGAUAUCUGAUUACAGGUGAUACGCCUUGCCGAUAUCUCCUUACGAGCAACAAGACACACGUUUGCUACCUUGCUUUUAGGCUUUAUAGGCAGAGAUCUCUUCUCCCCCUCCCUGAUUUAGGAGACUCUGUCCACAGCAGUAGCAGCAGUAACAGGUGUAUGAUGCACUAAUGAUACCACUAGGUGUAGAUAUGCUGUGUAGGAGAGUUCUCCGGGGGUAACUCUCACUGCAGCCUGCCUAUGCCGCUUGUAUCAUUUGUCCAGAUAGAAUUUGGAUACCCCAAUCCCCGUACUGGGCAUUUUUAGAUUUUCCUUGUGCUGUGGAGAGGGUUGACAACUUUGCCUGUGAAUGUAGUUCCUUCUGUUGAAAAUACUUUUUUUAAUGUUUUAUAAUCUUCAGAGUAGGUUUUAUCCCCCUUUUAGGCAUCCAGUAAUACAGGAUGUUGCUAGGAGCUGUACCUGUCUUGGAUUUGUACUUUGCACAGUAUGAGAAUAAUUUCUUGUUGCUCUGUAUUUGACUAUAGCAAUUUGCGGGUAAUUGCUGUCAUUUGAGUAACUCUGCCAUUUGGAGAGCAAUUACAUUCCUAAUGCUGUAUUGUUUGUACGCGUACUUGUACUCAAGUUGUUUAAUUCUCUCUUUUCCAGUACUUUCUUGAUACGCGUUGUAUUUAUGUACAGUUCUGGAGCAGUAAUCUCAUCGCUGUACGCCAUGUGUACAUGUAUUGUACAGGCGUGCGUGCCUGUGGUGCUGA